AUGUGUAGACGGUAUGCUCCUGUCUAUAGUAACGCCAGCAAGGCCUCUUUGGGUAAACCGAAUAGCCUAGGGGCACGUCAGUUAGCUCCGCUUUCUGCCUUCAAAGAGGGGAGAACCAGUCGAGGUGUGGAGAUAGUGGCCUUUGGGUGGAUGGCUUUGGGUGGGUUGAUGGAUAGAGAGCUACAGAAUGAGGCGUAUUUUUAUCUGAAUCCCUCCUGGGCAAACUUUCAGGAAUUCCUCAACCACGACAACCCAGCCCGCGCCUGCUCCUCUCGACAGAAAAAGACGCGCACGCGGGCCACUGAAGGCGUGUUUAUCAAGCCUGCUAUAUUUUCUCAGCCUCCUAAGGAUGGCAAGCAGGGCUACAGGCCAUUGAAAAAGCCCAGCGCACCCUUCGACGCUGUUACAAAAGCCAAAUACAAGCAUUAUAAGGUCACAGCCUGGCUGCUUGGGCCUAACGACGAGAAGACAGCCUUCAUCUUCUACAAGCAAUCCAAUCUAAACUUCACAAAAACCAAGGCAAACUGCAACAAGAUCAUGGAUCUUAUUGCCAACUUCGCGAAUGCCUGGCCAGAUGCACCACUAGACGAUGAUUUGUUUAAGUGGCAGGUCGUAGCGGCCGCAGUCGUUGUAUUGUCCCCAGGCAGCGUCCGAAUCAAGGUUCCAGGCUGGACGCAGGACGGUUGGCGUAUAAGAAUUCCUUACUACGACACUGAUACUUGCACAAUCAGGAACUUCGAGCGCACUUGCUACGCAGGGGUCUCAUUGGAAACCAGUUUUCCAGACGUCCCCUCGAGCGCUGAGCUGUGGCAGUCUGGUCCAUCAUCAAAGGAGAUAAUCAUCCCAAAAGACUUGAACGGUAGGACGGCAACGAAGAAAGUGAUGGAGAUGGCAGCGACCAGCUACGAGGAGCUAUACCUAGCAGUCAAGCGCCAUGGUGGUAGACACUCUAGUGCGCAUCGACUGAUAAAGGUGUGGUACCAUUCCUGGAAGAAGGCUUCAAGUAAGAAGAGUAAUAAUACCGUAGUAAUAGUGAUAUAA